CGAGGCCUGUCGAGAAUCUCUGGAACUUUCUAGACUCCUUCCCUCAGAAUUCGUCAUUCAUUGCGUUGCGGGCUGCUUGCAGUGAUAUUGUAGCGCCUUGUCAGCUGCAGCGAUCUUGUGUCGAAUCCGUGAACGUCAGCGCGCACUGUAGAAUAUAAGGAAGCUCCAUAAUGGUGAAGGAAACCGCCUACUACGACAUACUCGGUGUGAAGCCGACCUGCACGCAGGAGGAGCUCAAGAAAGCGUACCGGAAAUUAGCAUUGAAGUACCACCCAGACAAAAACCCUGCGGAAGGUGAACGGUUCAAGCAGAUAUCCCAGGCCUAUGAAGUGCUCUCCAAUGCUGAGAAGAGGCGCAUCUAUGACCAGGGUGGGGAACAGGCAAUCAAGGAAGGGGCUGGAAGUGGCGGAGGAGGGUUCUCUGCGCCCAUGGACUUGUUUGACAUGUUCUUUGGUGGGGGCAUGGGUCGGCGCCGUGAGAACCGGGGCAAGAACACCGUGCACCAGUUGGGCGUCUCUCUUGAGGAGCUGUACAAUGGAGCCACAAGGAAGCUCUCUGUACAGCGGUGUACCAUCUGCGACAAGUGUGAAGGUCGUGGUGGCCGAAAAGGGGCUGUGGAGCGCUGUCCUAACUGCCGGGGCUCAGGCAUGAAUGUGCGCAUCCAGCAGCUAGUGCCUGGCAUGGUGCAGCACAUCCAAACUACCUGCCAGGAGUGCAUGGGUGAGGGGGAGCGCAUUAAUCCAAAGGACCGUUGCAAGAACUGCAAUGCCAAGAAAGUGGUGCGGGAACGAAAGAUCCUUGAAGUUCACAUCGACAAAGGCAUGGAAGACGGUCAAAAGAUUACAUUCAGCGGUGAAGGUGACCAGGAACCUGGUUUGGAGCCUGGCGACAUCAUUGUGGUUCUCGAUGAGCGGGAACAUGAUGUUUUCAAACGCAACCGCACAGACCUGAUGAUGCGCAUGGACUUGACCCUGACCGAGGCACUCUGCGGCUUCCAGAAGGCUAUCACCACCCUCGACAACAGGACACUGGUCAUCACCAAUCUGCCAGGGGAGGUGAUCAAGAAUGGAUCAGUCAAGUGCAUCCUCAAUGAAGGCAUGCCCCAGUAUCGCAACCCCUUUGAGAAGGGCAAGCUUAUAAUUCACUUUGUGGUGAACUUCCCCGAUCACAUUGACCCCACCAUUGUUGGAAAGCUGGAGGCAUUGCUGCCCCCGCGGCAAGAGUGCAUGAUCCCCGACAGUGCAGAGGAGGUGGUCCUGCAGGACUUGGAUCCCGAGCAAGAGGCACGGCGCCAGCGCCAGCACAGGGAGGCCUAUGAAGAGGAGGAGGAUCAUUUUCAUCCUCGUGGUGGUGUGCAGUGCCAGACGCAUUAGGGUGUGCAAGAGACUCUUGUGGACAGCCUUUUUUAAAGAAUACCAGCUCCCCUGGCAACAGAGGCAAGCAGGCGGACUCGUGAAAGUGUUGGGUUGUGGUGUUGUGAGAAACUGCUCGAAAUAUCUCCACAGGUUCAUUUCCUGCGUCUUUCUUACUUUCCCUCUUGUGUGCUUCAGUUUGAAUGGUCCCAACACUUGUGCUAGUUGUAUAUAUUUAGCUUGCAGGGCUCCUGUUGUGAACCACUCCCCCACACUAUUUAUUUGGACCUAUGGAGCUGUGUAGGCCGCUGCCUGUUCGUGCAGGGCUUUGGAAAGAGUGCACCACUGACUGUUUUUUUUUUUUUUAAUUGGAGCAGUUAUAUACAUUGUACUAAAACAUAGGAAAAAACUUUUUGUGCUUUUUCUGAUGUUCUCAUGCACAUUUGUUUAUUGCCCAUUGUUGAUUAAAGAUAUGCACAUGCCUAAGAAAUUUUCUUUUAUUAAAAGAUAUGUACAAAGUGACAA